AUGAAAGAAAUUCCAAAUGCUUCACAUUCUUCCCAGUGCUCCUACGAACUAACAAGUCGUAAAAAGUGUCGCAAAUUUCGUCUGAUCUGCAGUGUCUCAGUUUUCAGCACACUCAAUCCGUUUAUUUAUGGAACAACGAUGAAGUCUUUCAAGCGUAGCUUUCAAUACAUUGCUCAUUUCAAUAAUUUUUGCCCCUCGUCACCGUUUCGUUUCUUCGCCAAUCGAAAAGGUGCAAAAAGAUUCAACCGUCGCAUGAGUAUAAAGCAAGGCAGCUCACGCAUCACAACUGAAUUAUCACUGAGCGAAACACGUGCUUCCAACGAUCAGUUGACGGAUGAUGAACUGGCAAUAGCGAUGCAAUGUGGAUCACAGGAGCAAAGAAACGGUAUCGAUGCUGGAGGGGAGCCAAACGAAAGAAAUGAUAAAUGCGAGUAUGUUCGAAAUUCAAUUGAUCUCAAAUUGUACAGUAUGUUGGUCGACUGCAGAUCAACCGAUCUUUGA